UUAUUCGAUGAACAAUCGAAGUGCCAUUUCUCUAAGAAUGCUGUAUUUUACUUCUCCGAAGAACUAAUUUUCCUUUACAUGUAAAUUGUGUGGGAUUUUGGAAUUUUUCCUUUUUCUUUCAAAAAGCGAAAUCUUAUUAAUAUAUAUAUAUAUUUUACUAAUAUAGAUUCGUUCAAUCAUGGGUGAGCAAAUAAAGUUCAUAAUUCAAGAAUUGAAUAAAGAACCUUUCAAUAAAAAGUUUAACCUUAUAAGUUUUGAUUCACUGAGAACUGAUAAUCUCCUACAAAUUCUAAAUGAUGUAUUUGCAGAAAUUGAUCUAAAGAUGAAAACGGAUGUUCGAGCUGAAGAUCCUGAGCAAAUGGUCUUGAAAAGUUUGAACUUCUUGAAAGUUCUAAAAUAUAAGCCUCCUGAGACUAUGGAUCUGAGUGAUUUCAGACAAGGUUUAGUAACUGGUGAAAAAUCUGUCAUUUAUCAUAUUUUGGAAUGGAUGUUACGUAGAAUUCCUGAACUGAAGAAGCGAGCUUACUUGGCACAAUUUCUUAUGAAAGUGGAGCUGCCACCUGAUAUUGAAGGUGAUGCUGACAUAAUGGAGCUUUAUGAACAGUAUGAUAAUGUUAUUGAAGAGUUUAAAGAAGUCCACAAGCAAUAUGAAGUUUUGAAGUCUAGUGGUUUUUCCACACAAGAAAUUCGCAAAGAUUUAGAACACAUGGAAGAAGAAAGAGAUCAACUCAUGAAAAAAAUUGAUAGACUUAAAAUGAAGGUGGAAAGCCAUCCAAAUGUGGAAGCUAUGUUGUCUGUGGCAAAGAGUCUUCGAGAGGAAAGAGAUCUUGCAGAAAAUUUGAGCAGACAAAAAAUGGAACAAAGAAAUGCUCUGACUCAUGCUGAGCAGAAAAUUCAACGAUUAAACCAGCAGUUGAAAGAGCUCAAACUUUCAAGUCUUGGAGCAACUCCAGAAACAUUAGUACAGAAAUUAGAAGAAAGCAUUAAAGUGAAUUCAUAUUUAGUGAAGGAAAAAUUACCUAAAGAAAUUGCCACGCAGAAAAAAUAUAUAACAGAUUUACAAAAGAUUAUCUCACAGCCUGCUUUAACUCGAGCAGAUUUGGAUCAAAUAAAUAACAAAAUUCAAGAAGUGAACAAUGAAAUACAUGAAUUUAUUGAAAAUCGAAUGAGAAACAAUAAUCCAAUUGAUGAUAAAUUAUCUCUUUUUAGACAACAGGUGUCUAUCUUGUCUCAUAAGAAGGAACGUGCAGCUGAGGAGCUAAAUGCUGCUCGAGCUCAAUUAGCUGAAUUACAAGCCCAGUUAGAAGCAAAGAAAAUUGAUAACAAAGGAGGAGAGGGUGAAUUCUUAAAAGGGGAUGAGUUCAAACGCUAUGUGAAUAAGUUAAGAGGGAAAAGUAACAUCUAUAAAAAGAAACGCCAGGAAAUGGCGGAAUUGAAAACAGAAUGUGGCAUCCUUUCAAGGACAGUUGAUAUUUUGCAACAAAAAGAAGCAGUUCUAUCUAAAACUUUGGCUCAACUUGAAAUGCAAAAGGGGGUAAGUGGUUAUCAUUCUGCACAAGAUGAAUUAGAGAAGGUAUCCUCCAUAAAAGCUGAAUUAGAUGAAAAAAAAGGACAGACUUUGGAAGAGAUGUCAAUAAUGGUGCAGAAACUCAAUAUGAAGAUAGCAGAAAAAAAGGCCCGCUUAGCUCCAGUUAUUAAAGAAUUGAGACCCUUGAGGCAGCAAUGUCAGGACAUGUCUUUUGAGUAUGAACAGAAGAAGCAAUCCUAUGAUUCCUGUGCACUAGGCCUGGAAAGUAAUAUUUCAAAAAUUGAACAGGAAGUGAAUGCUUACAAAGAAGAGAUUACAGAAGCUGAACAUUUAUAUCACACAUUAAAUGUGAAGAUACAAAUGCUUGAGAAACAAAAUGAGAGGGUAGCUGAGGAAAUUAAAUCAUAUGUUUCAAGUGAUGCAGCUGAUAAGAAAAAGUCUAUCAGGGAACAAUAUAAUAAAAACAUCCAAGAACAAGAAGCUAGAACCAAAGUGCUACGAGAGCUACAGAAGGAAGUUAAAGAAAAUCAGGCUCAUAAUGAAAAACAAAUGCAGAUGUGGAGCAAUCUGCAGAGGUUGCUUGAAUGCAAAAAGAAAUGUCGAGAGGAAGAAAAUCGAUCCAAUAAAGUUGUUUCUACAGGAACAACAGACAGGUUGAUUUUGUGAACAAAAUCUAUGGUGGAAGUCUUGUAGAUUAAGACUACUGUUUUAGAGAAUUUGAUCUAGUCCUUAUUUUAAUAUGUAAAU